AUGGCUGCUCCGUCUCCGUCGGCCGGCGCUGCUCGAGUGCCAGUGGUGGUGGCGGAGGAUGUCCCUAUGGCGUCGGACGGGACAGCAGCCGGGCCUGGCUGGACGUCAGACAGUCGUCGCCCGGCAGCCAAGGCUCGCCCGGCAGCCAAGGUUCAGGCAGCGCCCUGCCUGCCGCCGGACUCCGACAGUGACGAGGACCUCUUCCUGACGUCGGACGGCCACUUCGAUCAGGCGCGCAUCUUCACCUGGGGGGCGGAGAAGGAGUACCGCGGCGAGCAGCAUCAGGGCAACUUGGCUAGGCAUUGCUGCCGGGAAGGGCUUUGA